CUUAAUUUAUCUGCCGAAAAAAUUUAGAAUAUAACUUACAUACAUUAAAUAUCUAUUUUUAUUUAAAUUCGAAUUAUUUAUUUUAUUAAAUGCUAACCCCUCAUUAGAUCAAGAGAUCCUGGACGAUGGGUUGCUUACUUAAAUGCAUGCGACGACAACAAUAGCACAAUGCUCCCUUAAUUACUCUGUCCUGUCACAGAGCAGUAGAGCCAUGGAGAAACUCAUGGCGACGCUUCUGCUGGUGCUGGCGCUGGUCCUUUUGCCGCCGGGAGAAGUGGAAGCGCAAACUUCGCAGACUUGUGCGGCGGAACUGGUUCCCUGCAGGGAGUACCUCAACUUGACGACGGGAACGCCGUCGGAUUCCUGCUGCAUCCCGAUGCGUAACGCCGUCGAGAACGAGCUCGACUGCCUCUGCGCCAUCCUCACCGACCCCAACGUCUCCAGUGCCUUUAACCUCACCAUUGAGAGGACCACCCAUAUCGCCAGGGCCUGCGGCAUCGCCAACCUCAACGGCUGCUCCUCCGGUCCAUCGUCAUCCCGCACACCUCCUCCUCCCCCUCCAUCAGGUGCUGGUGGAAACAUGAUUCAUAGGAAAUGGAUUGGAGUUCCAGUCUUGUUUGUCAGUUGGUGGAUCAUUGCCAUUUAAUAUCCUGUCAUCCUUGAUGUUUCCUUUGCUGAGCUCUUGUAGUAAAUGCUCCCUUAGUUAUUCUUUCCCCCUUGUGUUGAACACUUGCUCUUAAGUCUAUCUUCUUCCAGUUGUAAUAUUUGAUUAUUUGUAUUCAGUGUAAGCUUCUUUGUAAUUUUUGUUUAUGAAAGAGUUAUAUUUAUGUAAAACAUUUGAAUCGAAAAAUAGAUUAUUUUUGUUA